AGCAACAUCACAAGCUCUACAGCGGUCAUGGGCAUCGUAGAUGUCGUAAAGAUCCUCUUUCUGCCCGCUUGCAUCGCCGCCGCGCUGUACGGUACCAUUUCGUAUAUCAUCAUACCGCUCAUCAGAAACUACCGCGAGCGAUACUCGCAAUAUCUGCCUCUUGAUACCGUCAAUCGACAUACGGAGGGAUUGCGAGAUCGCAUCAGCGACCUCGUACUGCGGCUGGUGAUUCCACGCAGACAGACGGUCUUCGAUGCUUCGGGAAGCCGAAGAGGGAGCAGAAGUGGCAGUGGAGAUCUGUUUAGUGAAGAAGAGGGCGAGAGAAUGGCUGGUUUCGAUGCGGGACGAGUGGAUCGGACUGUGAGAGGUGGUGAUGUAGAGGCGUUGCGGUGAAGAGGAGGCAGUUAAGGUACCUAGGUAUUGCAUGGGAAAGUGCUGUUAUUCGCGACUGCCUAAGGUGCGGAGCGCUGGAACUCCCUUGGAAGGCACGAAGAGAGUGCCUGCCAGAGAACAAACCCAGCCCAGCUUCAGACGUGGGCGUGCCGCUCUAUCUGCCACGACACCGUCGCCGCGCUCACCAUCCGCCAUGUUCGAUUCUACGGGAAUACUCGAGAUGUUUUGCCAACGCAUCUCAUGCCACCACGAUGGGAGCUCCAACGCAACGUCCACCGCACAGGAUUGCUUCGUGGUCUGCAUCUUCAUCAUGGAGCGCUUCGACUGGAUGGGCGGAGACACAGUCAGCGUGAGCUUCUCGAUGGACGACGGACCGACGCAAGCGAUCGAAUAUGUCUUGCGUCCCCAGUCCGAGGAUCACACACCAUCAAAAUCUCGGGCCGAGGACGAGAUGCAGUUCUACGAUGGCAGCUUUGAAGGACAUCGCAGCUUUGAAGGACAUCGCAGAUCGGAAGUGUCAUCGGCAACACUUCAACCAGGUACUACGUUGUCGUGUACGCGUAAAGACAUGCUACUCACCUGAGUGCCAGUAAACUCGAAUGGCGUGCCACUGUCCCAGCAAGAACACGAUAUUAGUCGGCUCGUGAUCACUCUGUGUCGGGGAUACCAAAGUGCCACCACCGACCCGGUCACUGGAUGUUCGCGCUAUCACUUCGUUCCUGCAACAGGUCCUGCUGGUUUUCCGACCAAUGUCGUCUUCCAUUACAGUUCUACUUGUUAGUCCCGAGAUCAGCGAGGUGUUGGCGCCCAGUUAACCAUGCUAGUAGACAUAGGCAUGGUACAUAUGUCACGGACUGUGACCUACACAAGUUCCUCGCUACCGAAGCUCGAGCUGAGCCGCACCUCACUACAGCCCAUGACACAAAAGCGUGCCCGAGAGGUGUGAACCAUGCCGCAAAUCCCCUCGUUUGGGUAUAGACGUUGACCCUUCCUACUUCCUAGGUCAAUGAGUAUUCUGCAAGUCCAGGAGGUGAUCCCGAGAGUGACUCUCCUCCGAAGCAGCCAAAACUCAUCGACGACGAUGAUUAUGAGAUUUUGAUCGAAGAUGAUGUCAAGACUGCCUGUCACGGUUCACUUUCUUCGUAGGUACUAGUCGGAGGAGAUUUAGUGGGACUUGGCUUUCGUUUGCUCGUGUCAGACGGAGAUAAUUAUGCGCGCAACGCCGUCGCCAGCUAUCUUAGCGGUGUUGAGAGAAUGUCUUACAUAUUUUCGAGGUACAUACUUGUGAAAGACCGCG